UAUCAGCCCAACCUCUGUAUUCCUGUCCUGCACAUAUUUUAUUGCAUAGUUCCAAUCUGCCGAUCUGAUAAUGGACUCCACAGAGCCUUCACUGCUUGAUUUCUUCAAAUCGGAGAAGGUGUUGGGCUCUAGUUCGAAGCCACUGAAUUCGUCGCCGGCGGUUGAGAUUCCGGUUGCCGAUCCAUUGACUUCUAAGACCCCCGAGAAGCCCAUCUGUGCUCCUCGGCAGAGCAAAAAAGGCAAUGCUGCCUUCUCUGUGAAACAGGUCAGAGAAGCGGCUCAGAAGCUCCAUAGUUCAGAUCCGGAACCAUCUGCUAACGACAAUCCAUUUGCCGAUCAAAUUUUGAGGCACCCCGGACAGCAUGAUGUUUCUUUUCCUGAAUCUUCUGUUACAAAGCCCAGGAAACCAAACAGUUCAACCAACCUUCCAGAAAAGUAUGAAAUGUUAGUUGAGUUCUUCAAUUGCCUGGAUAGUUGUAUCAGAUUACUAAAGAUGAAGGGAUCAUUGGCAACAUUUACCAAUAUUAGACCCAAAAUUGAGAGCUUGUCUGACAGGACGUUUACUCACAGUCAUCUUGCGCAAUUGAAGUUUAUUUUACCAGAGGCCAUUGUAUUAAAGAAGGUCCUUCUGCGGGAUGAGCUUACACUAUGUAUGAAGCCUGAUAUAUGUGUUACACUUGAUGCCAGUACAAUUGUGAAUGAAGUAAAGACAAAAUCAGGCAGUACCAGUAUAGAUAUGAGGAAAGUAUUUCGAAAGAGGCUUUUGGAUUUUAUCCAAGACCAUCCACUGGAGCAGCCUGACAUUCCAGAGGAGGAAUUGCCACAACCAUUUAAUAAAUCAAAACAUGACACCUUGAGGAAGGCACCAAAUGAGGCCUUGCCUGCACAGAAGCAUAAUAUGGCCCCCAACCCCAACCCAUCCGACCCACCAGCUUCAUCUUCACAUCUGCCUCAUACUUUUAAGCGCAGCUUCUCUAAAUGUGACCAAACCAAUACAGAAUCUUUUGUUAACACCCAUCAUAAUGAACUACGCGUAAAACCAAUCUGUACCAGAUUCCCUCCGCAUCCAAACACUCCCAUAAAGGAUCUACAUCGAUCCAAAACUGAAGAAAGAACUCCAGCUAAGCCUGUAUCCACAACAGAAGGAGUGAUGACUUCUACUCCCACGCCUCAACCUCCUCCUAGGAGAGGAUAUAUGAGCCCUCAGGGUGGUUCAUCUAAGCCCCCAAACAAACUGUUAAAGCGCCCUUUGGACUUUGGUAUGCCAGUGAAGAAUGAAGUCAGUGAGGCUGGAACAUGUUCUUCAGCUUACCAUGAUCUCCAGGAUGUUCUUUCUGAGAAUCUUUUUGAAUCGAUAAGAGAGAAAGAAAGGAAGGCAUUAGAGGAAAGAAAUCCUGCGAUCUCACAGGCAAAGUGGAGAAAGCAAAUGAUUGCAGGCCUACCUAAAAUGUUUGACACAAUUUAUUUCCUAUUCCAAUCCAUCCAACGCUCAGUUAUCACAAAACAGGAGCUUAUGCACAAAAUACUUGUGAACUACAUAGACAUUAUUGAUAGCAGAGAAGCUGAAGAACAACUCAGUUUACUGUAUGUCCUAGCACCAGAGUGGAUUUAUGAAAAGAUGUCUUUAAGUGGUGAUCUCCUUAUUUGUGUUAACAAAAUACAAUCCCCAGAUUCAAUAAGGAUGAGACUGGCAGAUGCAAUGUGAGAGGAGAAUGAUGAUUGAGGCCUUAGUUUUUGUAUAUUAUUAAGUUAAUCUUUGUAUCAAACUUUAUCUUUAAUUAUAUGCUUUGAACUAGUGAGCUUAAUUUGAUAAUGCUCAGUGUAGCGCAAUUAGGCCUUGAGUUGUAACAACUUGACAUCGUUAAUUUUGACAACAAAGAUAAGCUCCCCUUCAAGAUGAGCAAAGGGAAGGGAGUUCCAUGUUCAGUAUACCAAAAGCAAAAUCAAAUCAUACAAGUAUGCAAUAUUAGAAUACCACUAUACUGAAUAUGUUGUGUUUUCAUUUAUAGGUAUACAUCAAUCACUUAUUAUUUCUAUUAUAUAUAAAUUGUAUUUAGUGAAAUAGGCAUGGCAAUUUUGCUAGAGGGAUUUUGUUUUUUCCAAUUGAG